CCACCGGAUUGGAGAAUUCCUGCCUUCCCAUCUGAGGAUUCGAGGCGGCGGAGGAUUUUAAGAGGGUUCUCCGUCUGUUUCCGGCGGCGGAUUUGGAUUUGCGAGAUUCCGGAUGGGGAAGCCGUCGCAGAAGAAGAAUAAGAGGGCCUCCUCCGGCGCCAAGUCGGGCGACCACCACGGGGGCGCCAAGCCAGGGGCGCUGGAGCGCUCGGGCUCCAAGGUGCUCGACGGCGACGAGACCAUCUUCGCCGAGAUGGCGCAGGAGCUGCGGGAGGAGGGGAACAAGCUCUUCCAGCGCCGGGACUACGAGCGCGCCCUCCUCAACUACGAGAAGGCCGUCAAGCUCCUCCCCGCAUCCGCCGCCCUCGACGCCGCCUACCUCCACAGCAACCUCGCCGCCUGCUACAUGCAGAUGAGCCCCCCCGACCACUACCGCGCCAUCAACGAGUGCAACCUCGCCCUCGACGCUUCCCCAAAGUACUCCAAGGCGCUGCUCAAGCGGGCCCGCUGCUUCGAGGCGCUCGGCCGCCUCGACCUCGCCGCCCGGGAUGUGGACAGGGUGCUAGCCGCCGAGCCUGGGAAUCUGACGGCGCUCGACGUCGCCGACAGGGUCAGGCGGACCAUGGAGGAGAAGGGGUUCGUGGUGGACGGGGAGGCCGUCAUGCCCACGCCCGAGGAGGUGGUCGCCGCCGCGCCCAAACAGCAGCAGAAGCCCAGGAAGAAGAAGGGGCGCAAGGCGGCCGCCAAGGCCGCGGCUGCCGCCGUCGAGGAGCAGGGGGAGGAGAAGGCGGCCGAGCCUGUCAAGGAGGCCGAGGAGCCACCGAGGCAGGUCAAGCUCGUGUUCGGCGAGGACAUCCGGUGGGCGCAGGUGCCGGCGACCUGCAGCAUGGCUCAGCUGCGGGAGGCCGUCCGCGGCAAGUUCCCGGGACUCAAGGCUGUUCUUGUCAAGUACAAGGACAGGGAGGGCGACCUUGUCACCAUCACCAACCAGGACGAGCUCAAAUGGGCCGAGGACUUGACUGAGCCGGGGAGCUCGCUUCGGCUCUAUGUCACCGAAGCUGACCCGGAGCAUGAGCCUUAUGUUGAGGAUGCCAGCAGCAACCCGCUGGACAGAAAUACGCACAACGCAUCGGACAAUGGAAGUAUCAGAAGCAACAGGCAGGAUGAGGACAGGAGCACCGUGACUUACAUUGAUGAUUGGAUUGUGCAGUUUGCUCGCCUUUUCAAGAACCAUGUCGGGGUCAGCUCCGAUGAGUAUCUGGACCUCCAUGAGGUCAGUAUGAAGCUGUACACCGAUGCCAUUGAAGACACGAUUACUACCGAUGAAGCCCAGGAGGUGUUUCAGCUUGCUGAGGGGAACUUCCAGGAGAUGGCGGCGCUUGCGUUUUUCCACUGGGGUAAUGUUCACAUGUCUCGGGCUAGGAAGAGGCUGCUCUUACCGGAAGACUCUCCAAAGGAAUUGGUGCUUGAGAAAGUGAGGGAAGCGUAUGAGUGGGCAAAGGAAGAGUACAAGAAGGCCGGGAAGACAUACGAAGAAGCUGUAAGGGCCAAGCCGGACUUUUUCGAAGGUUUCCUUGCACUUGCGCACCAACAGUUUGAGCAAGCAAAGCUGUCAUGGUAUUAUGCUAUCGGUACCAAUGCGGAUCUGGACACAUGGCCUUCCUCUGAAGUCUUGGAGCUCUUCAAUAGAGCUGAAGAUAACAUGGAGAAGGGUACAGAAAUGUGGGAGGAAGUGGAAGAACAGCGCCUGAAGAACCGAUCCAAACCUAGCCAGGAAAAUGCUGUGCUAGAGAAGAUGGGCAUGGAGGAGUAUAUCAAAGAUGUAUCCACUGAUGACGCUGCUGAACGGGCUUCCAAUAUGAGGUCCCAGAUAAAUAUUCUGUGGGGUAUGCUGCUUUAUGAGCGUUCAGUUGUGGAGUUUAAAUUAGGACUGCCAGCGUGGGAGGAUUGUCUGAUGGCAGCAAUUGAGAAGUUCAAACUUGGGGGAGCUUCAGCUACAAACAUUGCUGUGUUGGUGAAAAACCACUGUGCAAAUGAAACUGCCCAGGAUGGUUUGGGCUUCAACGUUGAUGAAAUUGUGCAAGCCUGGAAUGAGAUGUACGACAUUAAACGGUGGCUGCGUGGUGUUCCAUCCUUCCGUCUCGAGCCAUUGUUUAGGCGGAGAACUCCGCAACUGCAUAUGGCACUGGAGCAUAUAUAGUAUGUAUGAAGUUGCUCCACACAUAUUAAAUUCUGGGGCACUGUUACCGACACCAAUCUUCUUUUUUAGGUCAACUGCUGAUUGGGAUACAAUACAUGGAUUUGUUCGGUUGCAUUUUUUAUACAUCGAAAGAGUCUGCUUCCCAGUUGCGAAGCUAUUCAUUGCGGAGGGGUGGAGCCCACCCGCGAUUUGCAUACGUUAGUUGUUGUUCUUUUUGUCUGUCUUGUUCUUUUUCAUGCACAGGAAGCUGUGACUUGUUACUGUAUUAGAACUGCAUUUGCCCGUAAGCUUAGUAAUAUAUACAUACUAUUUUGAGGA